AUGAUUCCUCCAAGAAUCUCGUUCGAUGCUGAAAAGCUCCUAUUUUUGGCUCUCUCCCUUUUCCCGAUUGUCGUCACCUUGAGCAAUGGCACUCACCCAGCAGUGGCGCAGGGAAGCAACAACAGCAAUCCAACAACGAUCGCGGUGAACGUUGGGGUGAUCCUUGAUCUGGAGACGCAGGUGGGUCAGAUGGGAUUGACCCGCAUUAACAUGUCUCUCUCUGAUUUUUAUAGUUCCAACCCUUCCUACAAGACUAGGCUCGUCCUCAACGUUAGAGACUCCAAACGAGAUGAGGUUGCCACCGCUGCUGCAGCACUUGAUCUGAUAAAGAAUAAGCAAGUCCAAGCUAUAAUAGGCCCUCAAGGUUCAGCGCAAGCAGACUUCCUCAUUCACCUCGGAGACAAAUCUCAUGUGCCCGUCGUCUCUUUUUCUGCCACUACUCCUCCCCGUAGUUCUCUUCGGAGUCCAUACUUCCUUCGAGCCGCGCAAAUUGACUCGUCCCAAGUGAAUGCCAUAAGCGCAGUCAUUCAAGCUUUUGGCUGGAAAGAAGCGGUCCUCAUAUACGUGGACAACGAGUUCGGAGCAGGUAUUAUACCCUCUCUUACCGAAGCUUUGGAAGAAGUCAACACGCGAGUGCCCUAUAGGAGCCCCAUUUCUCCUUCAGCGACGGACGAUCAAAUUCUGCGGGAACUCUACAAAUUAAUGACGAUGCAAACAAGGGUCUUCAUUAUGCACGUGUUACCUAGCUUUGGUUCUCGGCUAUUUGCCAAAGCAAAAGAGGUGGGAAUGAUGAACGAAGGUUAUGUGUGGAUCUUGACUAGGGGAAUUACUGACCUAUUGAGUUCUGUGGAUUCAUCUGUUGUCGCAAGUUCGAUGCAAGGAGUAUUGGGCAUUACGACUUAUGUCCCGGACACGCCAAACCUGGACAACUUCAUGGCCCGAUGGAAGACGAAAUUCCCACAAGACCAUCAAUCUGUCCUUAAUCCUACAUUGAACAUUUUCGGAUACUGGGCUUAUGACGCUACUUGGGCUCUGGCAAUGGCUAUCGAGGAAAUGGGUACGACAAAUUUUGCCUUCCAGAUAUUGAAUGCUUCAACAGAUGGAACAGAUCUCGGCACUAUUGGGGUCUCUCAAAAUGGUCAGGGACUUCUCCAAGAACUAGCCAAUUCAAAAUUCAUGGGCCUCGCCGGAAAUUUUAGCCUCGUCGAUGGGCAAUUAGAGUUGUCGGUGUUCCAGAUUGUUAAUAUCAAUGGCAAUGCAGCAAGAGGGAUUGGGUUUUGGACGCUAGAAAAUGGGCUGCUGAGAGAUUUGAAUUCAUUGAAUACAAGCAAAUAUUCCACUUCUAAGAGUAAUCUCAAAGCGGUAAUGUGGUCAGGAAAUUCAACCUCUAUUCCUAAGGGUUGGGAGAUUCCCAUGAAAGGGAAGAGGUUGAAAAUCUUAGUUCCCGUGAAGAACGGUUUCAAUCAAUUCGUGAUGGUGACUCGAGAUCCUAUCACGAAUACAUUCCAAGUCACUGGAUUCUGUAUUGACGUCUUUCAAGCCGUGAUAGAAAAAUUGCCUUAUGCUGUGGCUUACGACCUUAUUCCGUUUGCCUUGCCUAACGGAAGUAGCGCUGGCAAUUACAAUGACAUGAUCGAUCAAGUUUUUUACCAGAAUUAUGAUGCAGUGGUGGGUGAUACGACGAUAAUUGCGAAUAGAUCAUUAUAUGUGGACUUCACCUUACCAUACUCCGAAUCGGGGGGUGUGAUGGUCGUGCCGUACAAGGACAACAAGCGCAAGAAUGCUUGGGUUUUCUUGAAGCCACUUACUUGGGACCUUUGGCUAACCACCAUAUGCUUCUUUGUAUUUAUAGCAUUGGUCGUGUGGAUUCUCGAACAUCGGAUUAACGAAGAUUUCAGGGGUCCGGCCAAGCAUCAAGUUGGAACGAGCUUCUGGUUUUCCUUUUCAACUAUGAUCUUCGCACAAAGGGAGAGAGUACUUAGCAACCUAGCGAGAUUUGUUGUGAUCGUGUGGGUUUUCGUGGUACUUACACUAACGCAAAGUUAUACGGCAAGUUUGAGCUCUCUUUUGGUGGUGAAAAAUCUUCAACCAACUGUGACUGAUAUAGAUCAACUCCUAAAGAGUGGAGAAAAUGUGGGAUACAAACAAGGCUCUUUUGUUUUAGGAAUGCUAAAGCAAAUGAAGUUCGAUGAUUCCAGACUUAUAUCGUAUCGCUCUCCUGAAGAAUGCAAUGCGCUUCUUUCCAAUGGAAGUACAAAGGGCGGGAUCGCAGCAGCAUUCGACCAAGUCCCCUACAUGAAACUGGUUCUUUCUCAAUAUUGCAACAAAUAUAAAAUGAUCCCAGCAUUUAAAACUGCUGGAUUUGGCUUCGUUUUCCCCAAAGGGUCUCCACUAGUACCGGAUAUUUCACAAGCAAUCCUCAAUUUAACUGAAGGGCGUAAAAUGACGGAAAUCGAAAACAUGUGGCUUACACCAAAAACCAACUGCCCGAAUUCAAUUUCCUCGGCUUCUUCCAACAGCUUAGGUCUUGACAGUUUCUGGGGCCUAUUCUUGACCGUUGGAGUUGCUGCAGUUUUAGCUCUCCUCAUUUUCAUGGUCAUGUUCAUCAAAAGGAAUUGGCAUGAAGUAACAAGUUCUUCAGGUUCAUUUUGGGGUAAAAUUGUUGUACUGGGAAGAAGAUUUUACCAAAGAGACCUCAAUUCCCAUACUUUUAGGAAAGACACAUUUAGAGAUAGCAGUAUGGAUGAUGGUAGCAUUGAGGUUGCAGCAGUUGAAACUUGAAAAAAAAAUUCCUUCCCCCAAAAGUCCAUCCAGCGACUCCAAUUAAAUCAACAAAGUUUUAACCAAUGAGCAGGGCACACUAUCUGCAGAACAAGGACUUUCUGAUUGUGUAGACAAAGGAUGGCCAGAGAUAGUGAUAAACGUCGAGAUCUGCCAAGGUCAAUUGAGAGAGAUACAUACCUCUAGAACCUUAGAUACUAAAUUUAUAAUCCUUGAGUAGUUGAAGUUUGUACAUUAAGAUGACAAUAUAUUCCCCCUCAUUCCCUUCUCACGUAAGGUCUGCCAUUAA